AUGGCACACGACAUCGUACUUUAUGUAACAGAUUCACAGUUCUAUAUCAAUGGACACGACAUCGUACUUUAUGUAACAGAUUCACAGUUCUAUAUCAAUGGACACGACAUCGUACUUUAUGUAACAGAUUCACAGUUCUAUAUCAAGGGACACGACAUCGUACUUUAUGUAACAGAUUCACAGUUCUAUAUCAAUGGACAAGACAUCGUACUUUAUGUAACAGAUUCACAGUUCUAUAUCAAUGGACACGACAUCGUACUUUAUGUAACAGAUUCACAGUUCUAUAUCAAUGGACACGACAUCGUACUUUAUGUAACAGAUUCACAGUUCUAUAUCAAUGGACACGACAUCGUACUUUAUGUAACAGAUUCACAGUUCUAUAUCAAUGGGACACGACAUCGUACUUUUAUGUAA